GGUGCUGUAAGUGGUUGGUAACUGUGCUGAGUGACUGCCUUUUCUCAGACAAACUGAGCUGUAUCUACAAACUAGAAAGCAGUUUCAGUCUGACCCAAGCUCCAUCUUAGAAGAUCACCAGUUCCACAGAGAGGAAGCUCUAUACAAAUUCAUAUCCAUGGGCAUUGGGGAUUACAUCUGUGUCACAAUCAGUGGUGGAGCACCCUGGGGAUUUAGACUGCAAGGUGGCAAAGAGCUCAAACAGCCAUUACAGAUUUCAAAGGUUCGGAAGAAGAGUAAGGCCUGCAGAGCUGGAUUAUGUGAGGGAGAUGAAAUGAUCGCAAUCAACGGUGAACCUUGUUCAGAAUUAACCCAUUCAGAAGCCAUGCAGUUGAUUGAUGGGACCAGUGAAAAUCUACAAAUCCUGAUUAAAAGGCCUAUCAGUGAGAAAGCAGAUCAGCCAGAAUAUGGAGGUUAUGAAGGAACAGAGAGCCAAGAAACAGUUGAAAGCACGGUACAAGGCAGUGACAGGAAAGAAUCUUGCAAGCACGGCCUUCCUUUUGAACUUUACAUCUCUGAGUCUCAGGAUGAGGCUUACUAUGGAGAGACGGAGAGUGACACAGAUGUUUUAGGGAAGAAAGAAGAAAGCCAGAGACAGAACGUCUCUAGCCUGCUUUUGAAAGAAUGUAGCGCUUCUGGAGAAUCUCGGCAGGACCCUAAAUGGAAAGAGAAGAGAGGAGCCCAAAAGACGGCCAUGGUGGAACUCCAGUUGUCCUUGGCUCAAGGGAAGCUUGGUGAUCCAACUGCUGUUACAAUCAUUGGGGCGGAAGAAAUCCAUCCUGCAGCCAGAGAACCAACCGUGCUGUGUGAGAGUAUCCAGAAAACUGAAUCAGCAGCAUCAGAGACUAAUGGAAAUGUUACAACCCGGACAGUCUCGACUACUAUAUCACAGCAGAGCAGGAGUGACAAAAAGGUCAAGCUGGUCGAAAGUGAGCUGCAAGGAACAGAAGCGGAUUCAUAUCAGUCUCGGGCGGAGCUGUCUUUGGAUUCCUCGGACAGAGAGCACAGUGGAAGGGAAGCCUCCACGUCCGAAGUUGGUAGCGCAUGUGCUGACUCGUUGGCUGAAGACGGACAGUCAAAAACACGAAGCACUCCUUCUUUCUCAGUUGGGAUUUCAUCAGAGGGAACAGAGCACGGAUCAGAGGGGACACGCUCUGGGAAGGAUUCUGCAAGAACACACAAACACCGGGCCAGGCAAGCCAAAAUUCGACGGAGUGAAAGCCUGUCAGAAAAACAGGUUAAAGAAGCCAAGUCUAAGUGUAAAAGCAUUGCCUUGCUCCUGACAGCAACUCCUACCCCCAGCUCCAAGGGAGCGUUAAUGUUUAAGAAGCGUCGCCAGAGGGCAAAGAAGUACACUUUAGUCAGCUACGGCACUGGGGAGUUUGAUCCCGACGACGAUCAAGAGGACUCCAUAGAAUUCACUCUGGUACCAACCAGUGAUUCAGAUCUUGACGAGGACUUUUGUGCUGAUGUCAACUCAGCUCAGGUUGUGACGUUUGAUUGGGACUCAGGUCUAGUGGAAGUUGAAAAGAAAGAGAAGACAGAGGGCGAAAUGCAGAGACUGCCAGAUAGCAAGGGCAAAGGUGCCUUGUUGUUUGCCAAGAGGAGACAAAGGAUUGACCAGUACACAGCUGAGCAAGAGGAAAUGAGGAGAACAGGAAUGAAUGAAAAUGCCUCCACUCACACUGUAAAAACAGAAAAUCAUUUCCAGACAACAAAAAGCGGCUUGUAUGAUUCAUCAAACAUCAUACAAAAUCACGCCGCUGAAAAUUACAUGGAUGUAAGUAAGUUACAUGGAACGGAAAAUGUCUAUGGAGGGAGGGGGAGAUCUGAAAUGAUAAUCCAGGACUUGAAGUCUGCUGAAACUAGUAGAGCAGGUGCGACAAACAGAACAGCGACACCAUUCCUUGGUGUGCAAAAUCGAACUGCAGCUCCCUUCUCUCCUACUAGAAAUGUGGCAAGUUCCUUGUCAAGUUUCCCUCCCCCUCCACCUUAUUCUUCCAUCAGCCCACCGCCCGACAAUAUCCAUCGCGUUGCAUCUCCUCCUUUGGCCGCCGUGACCCAACCAGCCAAAUGGUCACCAAUGGGAAUUGCAGGAGAGCAGAUAGCCUCCAGAGAUGAGAGAAUCUGUGUACCUGCAAUAAAAACUGGCAUUUUACAAGAUGCAAGAAAACGGAACACUACAAAACCCAUGUUUACAUUCGUUGACCGUCCUAAGGUAGCUCCAAAUCCAGAACUCCUGUCGAUGGUCAAAGGUAAGACAGACCGACGUAGAGGAGUAGAUCAGCCUGGUGGAGGUUUUGAGUCAGGACCUGAAGAAGAUUACCUUAGUUUAGGCGCAGAAGCAUCAAAUUUUUUACAGACACCAGCAGUAAAGCAGAAGAAACCACCUCCAGUUGCACCAAAGCCAUCUGUUAAGAGCCCUCCUACUGGCCCAGACCCAACAUUACCUCCGUUAUCACCUACAGAAGUCUCCAGUGCUCAAGCUCCAGUUCAUUCUUCUGAGAGUGCUAAGCAGAUGCCUGUAAAAUUGCACUCAGUUCAACCAGUUAAUACAUGGUACCAGUCCCAAGGUGCUGCCAACCAGUUUGUAUCUUCAACUGGACCCCGAUCAGUAACAUCAACACAUUCAUAUCCUUCAAAAACACCACCCACAACUCCCAUAGCAAAUUCUGCACCUGCUGGAGGUAUGGGUCCAGCCUAUGAGAUGCCAGCUUUGAAAGGUAAAGGAGCGCAGUUAUUUGCAAGGAGGCAAUCUCGCAUGGAGAAAUAUGUAGUAGAUUCAUCAACAGUCAAAGCCAGACAAGCACGGUCAUCAUCCCCCACCCCUUCCAUGCCAGCAUCUUGGAAGUAUUCAUCUAAUAUAAGAGCACCUCCCCCUAUGGCUUACAAUCCUAUUCAUUCUCCAUCUUAUCCUCCUGGCAUUUUGAAAGCACAAGCGCAAUCUGCAUCUUCAUCUAAGUCAAAUAAAGGUGCCAAAGGUAAAGGCACUAAAAAACCUCUCAAUGCUUUGGAUGUCAUGAAGCACCAACCAUAUCAGCUUAAUUCAUCCUUGUUCACUUUUUCAUCCACUCCUGAUGCUAAGACACCUCUGUCCACAAGCUCAUCACUUUCUAAGCAGUCCAUAAAAUCUGACCCUCUUCCACUUCAACCAGUCAAUGCUACAUAUCCUGUUUCUAAGAGUGUCUCAUCUGUGUCAACAGGACCAUCUUUCAAUCAAGCCAGUACAGCUUCUGCUGAUGAGGAGUAUGUCUGUUCUUCUGCAAAGAAUGCCUUUGUACCCCCAAGUUAUGCAUCAUAUCCAAAGCAUGAAUCAAGUGCUCUGUCAGUUGCCAUGGCACCAAGACCAAAGUUUUCAGCAAAGAAAGUGGGCGUCACAGCACAGAUGCAGUCAAAAGGUUUCCAACCUGUACAAGUACCAGAAAAGUUACCACAAUACAAUUAUUAUCAUGGGAUUUCUGGAGCACAAGCAAUGAGUCGGCCAGCAACCCAGUCACCUGGAAGACCAACAUCCCAGUCAGAUAAAAUUUCAAAGAAAAAACUGACCCCAUGGGAUGCUGCAUCACAGUCUGCUGUUGGUUCAGUAGAGGAAGCAUUUUCUAGGAGGAAGAUCCAGGAAUCAAUAGCAAAGAAUAUUGUGUCAGCAGCCCGUCGAAAGACAUUACCUGAGCCUCCAGAGGAAUGGAAGGCACGAGUAGCCUAUGUACCACCACUUCCAAGCAGUUACUCUUCUAUUGCUGCUUUCCAGGUGAGAAGACCAUCUAGCAUAUCGUCCUCAAUCAAAACUACAGCAUCCAUUCCAACAUCCAUCAGCCAACAGAGUUCAAUGUAUAAACAGCCACUAAAUUAUCAGCAAUCACUGACUGACUCAGAUCUGUCUGCUGGGACAUAUUCUGAACAUGAAACUUCAGGAAAGCAGGUAAUUGAUCCAAAUUAUAACCCUUAUCCACGGGGCUGGAAGAAACAAAGAUGAAACCAUAAAAGAAAAAUGUCUUGACCUGUGAUUCAUCAGGCAUUUCCUCAUGUUGAAGAUUACUGCACCAUUUGCAUCAACAGGAAAAGUGAACUGGGUUUUUAAAGAGAGCAGAUUCAAAACAUGGUGUGAAAAACUUUAAGAUAAAGAAAAAGCAUUUUGUGGUGGACAUUGCCUUCAAUAUUGGAUUUCUGUUGUGUUCUGGAGCGUCUGAACUAUUUUCAUAUGCAUACUUCAGUAAGAUAUUGAAUUACAAAUUGUGAAAAGUAUACAAGAGAAGACAAAGCACACUCAAAGCAUUUACAGACAGAGAAUACAAUGGAUCGGUCUGUACACUGCAGCAUUAACCUUAUGAUAUUAUUUUCAGAUAACAUGCAGCCGUUGGUCCUAGAGAUGGAUUAUUAGAGCUUUGGGAUCUGUUUGAACAAAAAUAAGCAGCCAUAAAAAUGGAUGCUCAUUAAGUGGCAGGUGUCAUAUUUUGCAUUGCACAAUUUAUAACAUCAGAGAAUAACUUGGCCAAUAAAAUGUAUACACAGAAUUAGUUGUCUUGGGAUGAGUUACAAUUCUGUAACAGGUCAGAAGGGUUAAGGCAAUACCAUGAGAGGAAGUAUAAAAUUUUUUCCCCAACACAGGCUAAUUGAAAAUGACAAAUGGCAGAAACCAAGACAAAAAUUUUGGGCUUGUUUUUAUAACAUUUUAACACACUGCUUUUCAUUUACAAUAAUCGAUUAAGCUUUUGCUUGUGGACUUGUCUAUCCAAUGCAAUACUGACAUCAUACACUAAGAAAGAAAGUCAAAUAAACUUCCGACUUUGAGGCCGGCAAUAUUAUAGAAAAGGAAAGCAUGGUGCAACAGAUUUUCUUUUAGCUGGGAAAUGUACUGUGCUUUGUAGAAAUAUUAUACAUAUACGAUAUUGUGAACAACAGCAAUGUCAGAGAAAUUUCUAGGAGAAUAGGUAAUAACAAACCAUGGCAAAAGGUGUAACAAAUAUUUGAAAUUUAAUCCAUUUGACAAACAGAAAUGUUGAAUUUUUCUGUCCUGAAUAAAAAUUAGCCAUUAGAAUCAUGCAUGUUUGUCACAACCAAAAAAAGUUAGCUUACAAAGGUUGACAUAGUCUUUAUUAUUAUGAUAGUUACCAUGUAAAUUGUAAAGAAAAAGAAAACAUAUAUAUGUAAAAUCAUACUUAAAAAUUAUCCAGCUCCAUUACAGCUAUCCAAAAUGUACUGAGGAUUUGUUUUUAGAUCUGGAGAAUGCUUACACUUGGCCACAAAAUAACAUCAUUCAUAUUCGUAAGUCCUGCAACUAUGCAAUUCUUUCAAAGUUACAUAAAUAUUAUCUUGAAACAAAUAAUAAUGAAUUUGUACAUUAAGAAAGAUUGGUAGAAAUUGUACAGAAUAAUGUGUGUCACUAGGAAGUUUUGAAAUGACUUGGGAAGCAUUAUAGCUUUACAUUUUGAGCAAACAUUACUUUUUAAGUGCUCAAAGUGAAUUGGAAAGAUUAUCAUGGGUUACAGUAUGUGCAAUGUGUUUUGAGAUGUGAGUGUAGAAUUAAAGGGAGAUAUAGAAAGGUUUUGAAUCAUUUCGCUUACUCACUAAUGUAUUGGAUAAAAGUCAGAAUAGAGAUUAUUAGUGUUAACCUAACAGCUAAAAUUUUGGUAAUCUGAAAUUAACAUUCAGCCAUCAAUUUUACUUUUCACUCAUCUGUGGGACAUAGGUGCUUCUCGCUGGCCUAGCAUUUAUCACCCAUGUGAAAUUGCCAUUGAGAAAAUGGAAGUGAACUGCCUCUUGAGCACUUCAGCCUAUAAUGGGUACACAUAUCAUAGGUUUGGAGAGUGCUGCUGAAGAAGUUUUUGUGAGUAGUUGCAAUGCAUCUUGUAGAUGGUACUCCUGUGCAUUGGAGAUGGAGGGAGUGAAUACUGAAGAUGUUAGAUGUGGUGCGAAUCAAGCAGCUGCUUUAUCUUGGGUGUGGUCAAACAUCUUGAGUAUUAUAGAAGAUGGGCUCAUCCAGGCAAGUGAGGAAUAUUCCAUCACACUCCUGACUUGUACCCUAAACAGGCUUUGAGGAGUCUGGAGGCAAGUUCCUUAUUGUUGCAUUCCAAGUCUUGGACUUGCCUUUGUAGCCAAGCUAUUUAUCUGGUUACACCAGUUUCUGGUCCAUGGUAAUUCCCAGGCUAUUGAUAGUGGGAAUUGAGCAAGGGUAAUGUCAUUGGAUGUCAAAGGUCAAUAGUUGAAUUAAAUCUUGCUGAAAAUGGUCAUUGUCAGCCACUUUUGAGAUACAAAUGCUAGCUGCCACUUAUCAGCCCAAACCUGAAUGUUGUCCAGUUCUUUGCAUAUGCACUUCUUCAGUAUAUGACGAGUUGUGAUGGUGUUGGAUAUUGUGCACUCAUCAGCACAUAUCCCCAUCUCUGACGUUAUAACCAAGAAAAGGUCACUGUUGAAGCAACUGAAAGUAGUUGGGCCUACGCUGUCCUGAGGAACUGUGCACUGUGGUGUUGUAGUAGUGUCGCCACCUCUAGAUCAGGAGGUGAGAGUUGAAGUCCUACCUGCUGCAGAAGUGUCUAAUAACAUCUCUGAGCACAUUAAUCAGAAAGUAUCUACCCUGAGGAUGUGUUAUGGCUGAGCUUAUUGACUUGCAGCAUCAUAACCACCAUCCAUUUUUCCAGAAAGAAGAGAGUUGUCUCCCUAUUUCCCAAGUCAGCAGAUUUGUUUUGGCUUAUUGAUGGCAUGCUCAAUCAAAUGCUGACUUGGUGUCAAGGGCAGUACACUCUUCUUUUAUUCACUCAUGGGACAUGAGCCUCACUGGCUGGUCAGUAUCUUUAUUGUCCAUCUGAGUUGCUCUUGAGAAGGUGGGGAGCUGCUUCUUGAACUGUUGCAGCCCACAUGCUGUAGGUUGAUUCCGCAAUGCCCUUAGAGUGGGAAUUGCAGGGCUUUACCCCAGCAACAAUGAUGAAAGGGUGAUAUAUGUAAGUGUUUUGGAGGGGUAAAUGCAGGUGGUGUUGUUCCCAUGUGAACAACUCUGAAGAAGCCUUGUAGUACUUAGCUAGGUGGUAUCAAGAUUCACAGCUGUCACACCAAAAGGUCAGCCCUUUGUGUCAGUUAUUUGAUGAGUUGCUAAGGAGAAGGAUGAGGAAUUGAAAUAGUUGGUUAAGCGGGGAGAAGCUACAGCAGAGGAAACAAAGCUAGAUAGCCCUGUCUAGCCAGGGUGUCCAUGGAAAGUUCAUCAAUCUGCUAUAUUGAAGAAAAUACAACUCAAAUUUCCUAUUCAGCAACAGUCCCACAUGUUAUCUUCUCAUGGUUACUGACUAUCACAGUGUUUGAUUGCCAAAAUACAAAAAUAACAGACCACAUUAAAAUAAACAUUACAAAGUAAACUUAUAAAUUAAACAUUUUGAAUUGAAUACAAAAGUCAAGUGAUCUCACUUUCUCAAAAUGUGACAUUAAGUGAUCCUGUUUUUCCAUCAUCAGUAUUCUUCCAACAAUGGCUGUUCAAGUACUAUCUAGCAACAAUUCAGAUCUUCAUCAUCUGGAAGGAGAAAACCACAAGUGCAAGUUUAUGACGAGUGUAGCGCUGAGGAAGUAAAAGUUGUAUCCUUGCAUUAUCUGAAGUUACUAAAACAGAAUAGAAUUUGGGAUAUGGCGAAUUUUUUUAUUAUUUAUUCUGGGGUAUAGGUGAGCCUUGUCGGGUCAGCAAUUUCCCCUGAGAAAGUGGUGGCAAGCUAUUUGUAUUCUUGCAUCACUGUAAUCCAUUUACUGUAAAUAUUUCCAUAAUAGUGUUAGUGAGGGAGUUCCAGGAUUUUGAAACAGGUUAUUCCCAAUCAAGUGCUACUUGACAGCAUUGUUGAUGUCACCUUUCCAUCACUUUACUGAUAAUUGGAAAUGUACUGAUGGGACAAUAAUUGGCAGGGUUGGAUUUGUCCUGCUUUGUACGAGCAUUACCAUGGCAAUUUUCUGCAUUGUUUGGUAGAUGUCAGUAUUGUAGCUAUAAUGGAACAGCUUGUGACAGUGUCACUAGAUCAUCAGCUCUUCUCAAUGAACAACCUAUUUCAGUGAGAUUUCUGCCCUAUUUAAGUAGCUGAAAGUGUCCUCAUGCAGUGAUGUCUGGAUGACAUGCAGCAGUGUGAAAUAUGCAAGGGUGCCUUGAGGUUAGGAACAUUAAGUCUAAAUUUUGAUUGAUGGAAAUUGUCAUGAUGUGAGUAAUGGAGAAAUUAAAUGAUAUCAGGGGCUAGUGGUGAAAUUGAUGGAAUAUUGCAUUUGACAAUACAUCUGUUGCCCUUGAUACUCAUUUGAGUUAAUUGAAUCCUUUGUGGUACUACCUGUCGGUCAAGGGUGUAGAUGAUUUGUACAUUAGAAUUCUCGUACCAGCUUUCUGUGGCUAUAUUGUUCUGUUAAAAUGUCAAAAAUUAUAUCCUUCCCUGCAGAAAAUUAUUUUGGGUUUAAUCAAAACUUAACAUUUGGUCCUUAAACAUUCUGAACAACUGGCUUAAAUCCCAAAAUAUUACAUAAUGUAAAAUAUUCUAACAUCAAGUAUAAUGCAUCAUUAUAGCAAUACUGAGUUGGUCAUUUUUUGAUGUUAAGAUUCUGUAUCUUUUAGUUGGAAACAAUGGAAACACUGAUAUUCAUGUAAAACUCAAAAUAUCAAGACCUUCACAUAGUGUUCCUAUCCUAUCAAAUUUUUACCGUCUUCAACAAAAUUCCAUAAUUACAAACAGAAUGUAGACACAUUGUGGUACAUAUAUAUAAUUGCAUAAAAAUAGCUGUGAUGCACUCAUUGAGUGCAGAGAAAUAUGGAACAAUAUUUGAACUGCCCUAACUUUACUGUUUGUGUACACAUUUUGAACUGGUGUUCUUAUCUUGGCAUUAUCUACAUAUGACUUUAAUUCAGUGAGUUAAAUUUCUAAUUGUAUUACAAUGUUUAUAUACAAGUAUAUGGGAGAAAUAUGCAACACUUCCAACACGUUAAGCACUGAAAACGUAUUAUACACAGCAUGUCACAUUUAUAAAAUGGUAACUUGAGAACAAAUAUUUGUUUUUACUUGCAUUUUUUGUCAAUUAUGCUUCUGAUAUAGUGGUACAGAAUGUUCAAAAGCACUUAUUUGGUUUGCACAAUUCGUAACAAAAACUUUGUUCCACUAUUAAAAUGUUUUAAAAUAAA